AUGGACUAUCAUCUCGAUGCCUCCAGCCUGAUAUGCCUAUUCAAAAUGGUUGCAGCCAUCAACUCAGCAAUGCAAACGGUUGUAUAUUAUAUCACCGAGGAGAAGCUCCUGGAAAGUCUUGUUUACCGUCCCGCUCAGGUGCGAUUGUUUAAAAAGUUCUUCGGAUAUCCGGCGGAGAAGCUAGAUGAGCUGCGGGCCAGAUUCUCGGUCAUCCUUAUUAUUAGCCACUUCAGCAUGGGAAGGGUGCGAGCCAAUGUGCCAAACAUCAUUGAGGUGGCAGGCGUGCAUCUGAGCGAGCCCCCAGAGCCUUGUGGUGCGGAACUACAGAAAUAUUUGGACGAGGCGGAGCACGGCGCCAUCUACUUCUCAAUGGGCCAGGAUAUUCUGAUGAAAUAUCUGCCGGAAAAUAUGCUGGGACUUCCACUGUUCUUCGACCAGUUCAAUAAUAUACAUCGAGUGCAGUUAGCCGGAAUGGCUAAGGUAUUGGACCCCAACGACUUGAACGCAGACACACUCAUCGAAACUAUUAACGAGCUUCUUGAAAAUCCUAGCUAUGCUGAGAGAGCUAAAGCAAUGGCAUUGUCUUUCAGGGAUAGGCCAAUGAGUCCUCUGGACACUGCACUCUGGUGGACGGAGUACGCUCUACGGAAUCGGGAUACUUCCCAUAUGCGUCUCAAUGUGGAGGAGAUUCCUCUAAUGCGAUACUACAGACUCGACAGCAUACUAACCUUUGGAGUUCGCCUUGGUUGCGUCUGUGCAUCGCUGAUCUUUCUGGGCUGGAGAUUGUACCAGAAGAAUCGCAAUAGGCACAGAAGACUUCAGGAAAGGGAAAGAGUGCUUGCGCAGAUACAAUUGCGCAUGAGCGAUAAUGAGUAG